AAAAUCCAACGGUUCCUUCAAAUCCAAAUCAUCCUACUACUCCUACUCAGACCAAACAUCAUAAAUUUGAACUUUUCCAUAUCCCAUUAUUUCCUAUAUUUGGUUCUAUCUGAACGGCAGUUUUUGUUUUUCUAAAAAUAAAAAACAACCAACACCCAACACAAAAGUAAACACCCUUUUCCCUUUCCUUUCAAUAAACAAGAUUUCAAAAAAGAAGAAGCUUUGUUUCCUCUCUGUUCUUCUUCUCUAUUCCUUAAAAGAGUUUAAUUUGUUUGCAUUUCAUGCAAAAAAAUUACAUUAGCCUAAAAAGAAGUUUUUUUUUUUGUUUUUCCCUAAGAACUUCGUUUUCCACAAUCUUGUUCUGUGGGAAAUAAAGAAAAAAAGUUCAACAGCUCAGAGUUUUAUUGUCUUUCCUAAAUCUGUUUUUUUUUUCUUCAGACAUCUUUUAAAAAUCUCGAGGUUUAUGCAUUUUUAUGAAUCUUCUGUACAAGUUUGAUUUUUUUUUUUUUUUUGGUUUGUUGAAAAUUCUGAAUUAGGGUUUUAGAAUUGUUUCUUUGAGCAAUGUUGCUUAAGACAUUGUUCAAAUACAUAUAAUUCCACUUCAAAUUACAAAAACUGUUAAAAAAUGUUGUCAAUUUCAACAUCUAGUAUAGUUCGUAGUUCAUUAGAGGAAAUGUUAGAAUCUCUCAAACAAAGAGAUGAAAAUGAGAAACCAAAAGAUUUACCACCCGCUUUACCGACCCGACCCAAAUUAAAAUCCAAGACUAGGCCUCCAUCACCAAAGAGAAUUUUAACGAAAAGUAUCGAAAAAGGGGGUGUUGUUAAAUUGGAGAAUAGUGAAAAGGAAGAGUGUAAUGUGUUGAAAAGAAAUGUUUUUGGUGGUAUGAAGGUUAAAGAAAGGGAAGUUAGUGAAUCACCGUAUGUAAUGAAGUCAGUAAAGAAGGAAAGUAGAAAGAGAUUGUGGGAUGAAUGGGAUGAUCGAAUGGAUUAUUUCGUUAAGAAGAAGCUUUGCAUCUGGUGUCGCUUGAGGAAUGGACAAUGGGUAACAGGACAGAUUCAAUCAACUUCAGGAGAGAAAGCUAUGGUAUUACUUUCUGAUGGCAGUGUUGUGACAGUGUCUGUAGAAGAGGUAUUGCCGGCUAAUCCGGAUGUUCUUGAGGGUGUGGAUGAUCUCAUGCAGCUUAGUUAUCUGAACGAGCCAUCAGUUCUUCACAACCUUCAACAUAGAUAUGCGCGGGACAUUAUAUAUAGUAAGGCAGGGCCUGUUUUAAUAGCUAUCAAUCCCUUCAAAGAAGUCCAAUUGUAUGGGGACGAAUUUAUUACAGCUUACAGACAGAAGCUCUUGAAUGAUCCUCAUGUUUAUUCUACUGCUGACUCUGCCUAUGAUCGAAUGAUGGAAGAUGAAAUAAGUCAAUCUAUCAUCAUAAGUGGGGAAAGUGGAUCUGGGAAGACGGAAACAGCAAAGAUUGCAAUGGAAUACUUGGCUAAGCUUGGUGGAGGCAGUAACGGGAUAGAGAAGGAGGUGCUGCAAACAAGCUACAUAUUGGAGGCCUUUGGGAAUGCCAAAACUUCCAGGAACAGCAACUCCAGUCGAUUUGGAAAGUUGAUUGAAAUUCAGUUUAAUGCAACAGGAAGGAUAUGUGGUGCUAAAAUACAAACCUUACUUCUCGAAAAGUCGAGAGUGGUUCAACUGGUCGAUGGAGAGAGGUCCUACCAUAUCUUUUACCAACUAUGUGCCGGGGUUCCACCUACUUUGAGAGAUAAACUUAAGUUAAAAGGUGCAUCAGAAUACAAAUAUCUCAACCAGAGUGACUGCUUGGCGAUCCAUGACGUUGAUGAUGCCGAGGAAUUUUGUAAGCUUAUGGAAGCCCUAAAUACUGUUAGGAUUUCUGGAAGGGAUCAAGAGCAUGCUUUUCAGAUGAUUGCUUCAGUUCUAUGGCUGGGAAAUAUAACAUUCCAAGUAAUUGACAAUGAAAGCCAUGUUGAAGUUGUGCAAAGUGAAGCUGUUACAAAUGCUGCUAGCUUGAUAGGCUGUAGUGUAAAUGACCUCAUACUAGCUUUAUCCACAAGCCAAAUACAAGUCGGCAAAGAUAAAGUUGCCAAGAGUUUAACUAUGGAGCAGGCAACUUAUAGAAGAGAUGCAUUGGCAAAGUUCAUUUAUGCAAACUUGUUUGACUGGAUAGUAGAUCAAAUGAACAGAAACCUUGCAAUGGGUAAAGAACAGACGGGUAGAUCCAUAAAUAUUCUAGACAUUUAUGGUUUUGAAUCAUUUAAGAGAAACACCUUCGAACAAUUUUUCAUAAACUAUGCAAAUGAGAGGCUCCAGCAGCAUGUCAACAGACAUCUAUUGAAACUCGAGCAAGAGGAAUAUGAAUUGGAUGGAAUUGAUUGGGCAAAAGUAGAUUUUGAAGACAACCAAGAGUGCCUGGACCUUUUCGAAAAGAAACAUAUUGGGCUUAUAUCUUUGUUGAAUGAAGAAUCAAAUUCACUAAAAGCCACUGAUUUGACCUUUGCGAGUAAACUUAAGCAGGAAAUCAAAACUAACCCUUGCUUUAAAAGCGAAAGAGAAGGAUUUUCUAUUCGCCAUUAUGCUGGAGAGGUAACUUAUGAUGCAACUGGCUUCUUAGAAAAGAACAGAGAUGCGCUGCUUCCUGACAUAAUUCAGCUACUGUUAUCAAGUGAAAGCCACCUACCUGAAGAUAAAAAAUUCUCAAUUCCAUCAACCUAUACAGGGGUGCCAGAUGUUCAGUAUCAAAGUGUUGCAACUAAGUUUAAGGAUAAUUUGUUCAAAUUGAUGCAGCAGUUGGAAAAUACCAUCCCACACUUUAUAUGUUGCAUAAAACCAAAUAAUAAGCAGCUUCCUGGCAUGUUUGACAAAGAUCUUGUCAUAGAACAGCUCAGAUGCUGUGGUGUUCUUGAAGUGGUUAGAAUAUCAAGAUCUGGCUAUCCUACUAGGGUAACACAUCAAGAAUUCACAAGCAGGUACGGCUUCCUUCUGCCAAAGGAUAAUGCAUGCCAAGAUCCUUUAAGUAUGUCAGUUGGCAUUCUUCAGCAUUUUGGUAUUCUUCCGGAACUGUACCAAGUUGGGUAUACAAAGUUAUAUUUCCGAGCAGGACAGAUUGCUGCAUUGGAGGAUGUAAGGAACCAAGUUCUGCAAGGUACUCUAGAGGUGCAGAAGUGCUUUCGUGGCCAUCGUGCUCGUCGGCACUUCCAUGAGCUGAAAGGAGGAGUAAUCAUACUUCAAUCAUUUAUUCGUGGUGAAAUAGCAAGAAGGCAGUAUAAUACUAAAGUGGGGUCUAAAGGGCAGGUUGCCAGCGAAGAAAGCGAUGAGCAGCUGGUGGCUGUUGUGCAGAUACAAUCAGCUAUUCGUGGCUGGUUGGCUCGAAGGGAUCUUAGUAAACUGCAGAAUUCAAAAAUGUUAAAUGUAGACACACAAAAAGCUGGCAGGAAAACGGAGGUCAAGGAGUUGCCUCGAGAAAUUUUACCUUCUGUUGUAGAAGACCUCGAAAGACGGGUUUUAAAGGCUGGGGCAACCCUUGAACAGAAGGAAAAGGAAAAUGCUGCCCUGAAGGAACAAGUAAACCAAUUCGAGGCCCGAUGCUUAGAAUAUGAGGCCAAGAUGAGGUCAAUGGAGGAGAUGUGGCAAAACAAAAUUACAUCAUUGCAGCAGGCUAGUCUAGCUGCAGCCAAGAACAAUCUUGGUGCUGGUGAUACUACUGGUCGACCUGGAAAGCUCGAAGGUUCCCCAUCUCCUCACUAUUAUGAUUCUGAUGAUGCAACCUCUAUGGACACUCCUGCAGGGCACACUCCAGUUAGAUUUUCUAACAACAGCUUUGGUGUUGGAGCUAAUAAUAGAGAGGUUAAUGGUGGUUUAUCCUUAGUCAGCCACCUUAAUAUGGAAUUUGAGCAGCGGAAGCAGAAUUUUGAUGAUGAAGCCAUGGCAAUUGUUCAAUUGAAGCCAGGGCAGUUACAUUCUACUAAUCCUGCAGAUGAGUAUCGGAGAUUGAAACGGAGGUUUGAGGAAUGGAAAAAAGAUUACAAGAUCCGGUUAAAGGAGACAAAGACAAAAGUACACAAGCUCGGUCAUUCUAAAGCAGGGAAGACUCGUAGGAAAUGGUGGGGUAAGAAGAGCAAGUGAUGUUAGCUUCUCAUUUUCUUCUUUAGGGUGUUAAAAUGUAUAGGUGAAUCGAAUUUCCCCAACUAUCGUUGGUAAUGUAGCAGAGUUGGUGGUGAUUGGGAAAUAGUAUGUGUGCUUUGUUACGGAUCCUCUGUGAUCCCUUGGCUAGAUAGUUAAGAGCUUGUUUGUGAAUAGGCUGUUGUAAACAAUGCUAGGUUUUGGAAGUACAUCAGAUAGCUUGCAAAAGAAUGGGACUAGUUUUCUCUGUCCACAUGCUAAGCAUUAGCAAAUGUUGUAAUUAGUUGUUAUGAAAGAUGGUGAUCAAUUGCAGAAAAGUUAUUACUUGAUUGUUCACCACUCCACAAUGAGUAGCCAAAUGUGAUGGUGUUUUGCUUA